AUGAUUGGGGAUCUGGAAAAUCCCGCGUCAGCACCGGAACACCAAGUGGGACUGCGACGUCGCCAGAGACGAGUUCAAGUAGCCAGAGCGUGUGAUGCUUGUCGACUUCGCCGCACCAAAUGCGACAAUGGUGUGCCAUGUUCAAAGUGCAUAGCACGUGGAAACCACUGUAGUAAUAGUGGUGCACUUAAGGCCUCAACUCUCACCGAAGCGUCUGAGGAAAUUGCCUGCCUUAAGCGGAAAGUUCAGGAAUUAGAAACAGAGCUCAAGCGGCAGGCAUCCGACCAUCACAACCUACCAAGUCCUAUAGGAUCAUCACCGUCACUGCAUUCGGAUCGUUUAUCUACAAGGGCGGACCCUGGCCCUGGUCUAAAAAGAUACCGUGAUGGUAUACAAUUUCGACCCACGCGCUCCUCUAACGAGACAUGGUUUGGGCCAUCAUCGCUUUACUCUUUUAUUCAGCGUCUUGGCGAGUUUCUCAAUCUCAAACUACAAAAGGAGCAUUCUGUCCACCGUUUGCAUCCUGUAUCAGCCAGCGACCACAAACUAUUGGACGUGCCAGAAGCAGGCCUAGUUGGAACCCAAGACCGUCCACUGUCACGCCCAACAGAGGACGUCUUUAGUGCGGGGAUUUACCUGAGUCUCAUACAAGAAGAAUAUUUUAUCAACCUUUACUGGCAAACCUACCAUACAUCGCUUUUUCCGAUCGUGGAUGAGACACAGUUCAAGAAUCAUUAUCAGUCUCUCUUGGUGAAUGGCGGCCAGAACCGCAAACCCUCGGCCCUCGUCGACAUUAUAAUUGCCAUGUGCAUGCAAUAUGCAACCUCUACGAUGCCUGCAGAGACUCAGGGAAUGCUCGCCGAGGGCAAAGAUGCACUAGUUGCCGGUCGGUGGCACUAUUGGCGUGGGCAAAAGUUACUCCAAUAUGAGCUUGACAGCCCAUCGUUAUCAACACUACAAUGCCAUCUGCUUUGUGCAGUCUACACAUGUGGCGGGUCUUUCCACAAUUUGAUGAUCAGUACCGUGGGACUAGCUGUAAGCACUGCUUAUAUGCUUGGUCUGCAUCUGGAUCCCCCACCGACCAUGCCCGAGAAGGACCGCGAGAUGCGCAGGCGGCUGUGGUGGGCAGUCUAUCUCAUGGACAGCAAAUCAGGAAUGAAGCUUGGUCGUCCUUUUAUGCUGUCAAGCUCCUACUUUAUGCCGUCUCUACCUAGUGACACUCUUGAGGCCGCUGCGAGCUCAGGAUCUAUGUUUACGCCUAUCGGACAGAAUGCCACAUGGCUGAGCUAUAAUCUACACACGGUUCAGCUUUACAUGAAAGUUCGAACAGCUUAUACGGCAUUUUAUGACCACGAGAGUCAUCUGCAAGAACGUCAGGCUUUAUGGCCUAAUCAUCAAGCCCAAAACUCCGGUGCGGAGGUUCUGAAUGCAUACGCCCAGAGCAUUCACCAAUGGGUUGAUGGUAUUCCAGAAUCUCUGAAAUUGAAGCGUCAAAACAAUGGUCAAUCCUCAUCUACGGAUUUUUCCUCCAUUGUACUUGAGCCAUUCACCCCACCUUGGCUGCAGCGACAACGUUUACUCCUCGAACACACAUAUCAUCACCUCUGCGUAAAUUUGUAUCGACCAUUUAUAUCCUUCACCUUGAAACCUCUUUCCGACUCAAUAUCGGAAGAACUCGCCAUGAGAUGCGCUUCUCAUGCAAUAAUGUUGACGAUGAUCACGCAUCAAGCGCUCACAGAAUCAACGCUUUUUGACGGGUGGCACGAGGCCUUCUUCUGCCAAUGGAAUGCAGUCAUGACUCUUGUUGGGUUUGUGAUGUUGUUUCCGUCUUCGACAUUAUCCUAUCAGGCCAAGCAUGCAAUUGAAUUGGCUAUCUUGGUUUUCGAUAAUUUCGGUGCGAAGUUUUCUGUCGCGGCAAAUGCAGCGAAAAUCGUUCGUGAUUUAUCCGUCAAAAUUGAGGUUCUCACGAGGUCCAGCGAUCUUGAGUUCAACACUGCGACCAUCUCCCAAGACUUUGAAGUUGGCUCCUUAUCCUCGGUUUCUGUCGACCAGGCUCUGCCAUCACAGGAUCUUUUCGAUGCACCGGACUUCAACCUGUUUGACAUGGCCGUUGACAUUGAUUUCUGGAAUAGUGCUGACACGCUAUGGCCCGACCUUGAGAAUUUAUCACAAUUUCAAGCGGAAAUAUGA